GGUCUCUUUCGCACCUUGGCUUCUGGACUAAACGAGCUACGCAGUGCCAUCUUCUCCAAAGCCGUGCAAGCUUCCGUACGCCAGGUUGGCCUUGAAGUCUUCCAACACAUGCAUCAUCUAGAUCUGGGUUAUCACCUGAAUCGACGAACUGGCUCAGUUGGUAAAACAAUCGACCGUGGCUCACGAGCCAUUCAGUUUGUGCUGAGCGCCCUUGUAUUUAACCUUUUUCCAACUGCUAUUGAGGUAAAUACGUAG